AUGUCAUCAGCCUCGAUUGCCAUUAGGUCCCAAUAUCACUGGAUCCUUUGUUGUUAUCGCGCCACACGGCGAACGAAUCACAACGGUCUAGUUCCUACAUGUCAGGCAGAGGCCGGAACUCAGCUUGCGUCUUUAGCUAGACUAUACUCCGUCUUCUCGACUAACCCUCGCCAGCUCGGACUGGCUGCCGCAUGGAUGCCUCGCCCUAAUCUUACGCGCCCCCGGCGGCCUUGGUGCAUCGCCAUUUCCAUUGCCAUUGCCCUAGUGAUCAUUAUUGUCAUUGUUGUCCCCUGUGCAGUCAUAUUGACUCGCAAGCAUGGUGGUGAAAAGACGAACGUUCUGUUCCCACUAUACAUCUACCCCACCAAUGACAGUACAUGGGAUCCUUUAUAUGAAUCGGUCACGGCGCACCCGGACCUGAACUUCACGGUCAUCAUCAAUCCGUCGAGCGGACCCGGCUCCAGUGCGUAUCCCUCGGAGGAGUAUACCUCCUCAGUGGAACGACUUAGCACAUAUUCCAAUGUACGCAAGGUUGGAUAUGUACGCACGGCUUAUGCCACGCGCAACAUCACCGAUGUGCUGGAUGAUGUCGCCACUUAUGCCGGGUGGGCGAAUCGAUCGCUGACACUAGCGAUGGAUGGGAUUUUCUUUGACGAAGCUCCCUAUGACUACUCGGCAGCAAAGGUUGAGUACAUGCAGACGAUCAGCGAGGCCGUCAAGAGUUCUUCGGGAAUGGGCCGAGAUCGCAUGGUGAUCCACAAUCCCGGUACCAUUCCGGAUAGUCGCUACGAGAACAACGCGACGGACGUCACAGUGGUGUUUGAGAGCUCCUACCAGGAUUUUCACUCGGAAAAGCACAGUCUGAACGCCAUGGCUUCGAAUCGCACGGCAUAUGCGUAUAUGCUGCACUCGGUACCUGACAAUCUCAGCAACAGCACGUUGCGCAGUUUUGUCAACCAGAUGAGCCGAAAGGCCGAGUAUCUGUUCCUGACCACGUUGACGGAAGACUACUACGAGAGUUUCGAUCCGGAGGUAUCUGGCGCUAAAGAGGAUGCUCCACUUGGACCAAGAUCCAUGCGUUGUGAGUUGGCCCGGUCAAGGUUCCCCGAUCGGGGCUGUGAUUGGUGUGAGAUACACCAACUGCAGCCGGCAGGGGAAGGUUUGCAAGAGAAAAGCUUGGAGACGCCCGGCCAGACCUUUGGUCCAUGGUUUAGCGCGGGAGUGGCGUUAUGGUACUUUUUCUUCGUUGCUUUUUUCCUUGCUUUUCGGCUUUCUUGGACAGGCACACAGACAGGACAAGACGACUAG